CAUUUUCCUAUCGUUGCCUAACAUUGUACCGGUAUUACCGUGAACGGUAUAAUAUGGCCCAGCCCUAGUGCACGUGUUGUUCAGCUUUGAGCCUCGACCACUAACACGUCGUUUUCCUUCAUUGUGCACACUGAAGAGGAAAAAUCGUCCAAAUACAUGUAGGCCAGAGUGAAAAACAAACUUAGCACUGUUAAAGCAGCUUUUUAAGCUGAUGUGAGAGUUUCGCCCUGGAGCAGGAAACCAGUGUGUAGGUGUCCACAGGCACCGUAAAACAGCUUUUAACCAGUGCACGAGUUACACAUCCUUUGAAGGACACAUAUAUUAACAUAUAUUCACGUCUUUAAAGAUGUCAACAAAAAGUUUGCGUUGUGGUAGCAUGUAAAGAAUUUAUUCUCCUGAUGACUAAAAUAGUCGAGCUGAGGUGAGUCUGUGACCGCGCUGACUGACUCGUGUCCUCUCAGGUUACGUGAUGGUCUGCCAUCUUCAGUCUGAUCAGUUAGUCAGACAGCUCCACCUGGUUGACCUGCAGAAGUCCUGGAACGAUGCUCAGCAAUACUGCAGAGAUGAGUACAUUGACCUCGCCAUCGUUAACAGCUCAGCUCUCAUCCAGGAAGCCCAGAAAAGGGCGGGGAGCACCGAGGCGUGGAUUGGACUCUCCAGGAGCGGCUGGGAAUGGUCUCAAACUGGUCCAGUUCAGUCAUCCUGGUUUAACAUGUGGUCACCGGGACAGCCAGGGACUGAUGAGUGUGUUACAAUAUUUAGUGAUGGAUCAUGGUCCACUGCACCGUGCUCAGCUACUUAUUUCUUUGUCUGCUAUGACGCUGCGACUAACAAACACAUCCUGGUGAAGAACUGAAUGACCUGGUCUGAUGCUCAGUCUCACUGCAGACAGACGUACACAGACCUGAGCACCAUCAACGACACGCAGGACAACAGCCAGGUCGCUAAUACGAUGCCAUCUUAUUAUAUGAGUUGGAUUGGACUGUACAGAAACUGGACGUGGUCAAACUCGAGCACAGCCUCCAACCUGCCGUGGGGGCCCGGGCAGCCUGAUAACAGUCUAAACUGUGCCACAAUAGUCGGAUCAACAGGCUCCUUCAACAGUCAUAAGUGUGAUGACCAACGCCCCUUCCUCUGCUCCAGAGACAAUGCAGGGCAAGGCAAGGCAAAGAAAGAUGUCAAACCUUCAGCCUCGAGGUCAGUGAAGGUUCAGCUGAGGGUGGGAUCUGCAGACCUGAACGACCCCACAGUGCAAGAAUCCAUCCUGCAGCAGGUGAGGGAGAAGCUGGUGGAGCAAGGGAUCAGAGAGGAGGUGAAGCUGAGGUGGAGGACGCAGCCUGAUGGGAAGGUUUUCCACAGAGAGGAGGAGACAGCCGCUUACUGUGAGAAGGAAGACUGUGGCGGUUUAGUCUGAACGUUAUUGGCUGAUGUUCCUCAGGUGAUCUGCUGUGUAAUUCAACUUAUUUCCAUCUCUGUACUCUGACUGCUGGACUGUAACAGCGUAGCUUUGCAUGACUGACAGUUGGAAAUCAUCCUUCUUUAUCCUAAGCUCAGAUCACAGAGUGUGAGCUGUUUUAUGCCUCUUUGUUUCUUCUGAUUGGUGAAGCUAAAGUUUGCAGGUGAGCAGGUGAGCGGACCUUCUGUGUCUCAGAUAUAAAUGUUCAUGAUAUCCUGUCUCUACAUAUGAAAGUUCAAGAGGAGAAAAAGGUGAAACUGAGUGUUCAGAGCAGCCUGAUGUCUGAGCUUUUUGACUUCAUACUUUAUAGUUCAAAUGAGCACCCAGCAAUAUAACAGUAGAUAUGCCGUAUAUGUCAGUGAAUCGGGCAUUUAUGCUCUCUAUUAUGAUAUUAAAUAUACAUUUUUCUGUCUCAGAAAUGUCUCUGCUGCUGUUUGAUUCUGUAAACUACAGUCAUGGCUCUGCAUCCAUCUUCAUUGUAAACUCUAUUCAAUAAAGUCUAUUGAUAUUUUAUUGUCCCUGUCAGAACUUUCAGUUGCUUCAUUUUUAUGCUCUUAUUUUGAAUUUGAUGCCAGUAACACACAUCAUAAGGCUGAGACAACAUGAAGUUUAAUGCUAAACAAUAAGACGUCUCACAUACAGUGAAGCUGAUUGGCAGGACAGCAGUCACAUGACUGGCUAUGAAAUCCCAGACAGACAAUCCAACAGUUUGUGAAACAUCUGAAUGUAAAAUGCUGAAAACUUCUGCUGCUCAUCUGUUCACAGAAAAAUCUGUGAA